CACACUUUUAACAGAAACGAGAAAAGCCAACCAAUUUCAUCGACCUCGCCUGAAAACCUUGCUUCGCCAUUGCAAUUCGAGAGCUGAAUCGGGUUCGCUUCUGAACAAAGGGAUCCGGAUUUCUGAAUGAAAAUCCACAUUCUCUCGUCAAUCACUGGAAGUUCACUCAAAUGGCCACACCAUUCAUCGCAGUAGCUGCUGCAGCACUUGCUGGUAGAUACGGAAUUCGAGCUUGGCAAGCAUUCAAGACUCGACCAACACAACCCAGAUUACGCAAAUUCUAUGAAGGCGGUUUCUACCCUACGAUGACAAAGAGGGAAGCAGCUCUUAUUCUUGGUCUGAGAGAGAAUGCGACUCCAGAUAAGAUUAAGGAGGCACAUAGAAGGGUCAUGAUCGCGAACCAUCCCGAUGCCGGUGGCAGUCAUUAUCUUGCUUCUAAGAUCAAUGAAGCCAAGGAUGUGAUGCUGGGCAAAUCCAAAGGCAGUGGAUCGGCAUUUUAAUGAGGUGCGCUGCUUGAAUAUUAAGAUCCCUGCAAAAGAAAGUAGAAAAAGAUUUUAUUUUCCAAAUGAACUUUAAAGUUUAAACAAUAUGCCAAAAGCUUCGCUCACCAAUCUAUUUUGUUUCCUUUAGUCUGAAAAACAAGAUUACAAUAGUUAGACUUGAAGUUAGAAAAAUAAGUACAGUAUUUUCUUUUCCUUAUCAUAGAUGGAUUGAUAUUGUAUUCUAAUCAUUGGAUUCUCAGAAAUCCAUUUGGAGAAUACUAUGUCACAUUCGUAAUGUGUCAGAAAUAGUCAAUCACAAGGAUUGUUUUUUACUAUAUUAAUUCGAAUUAAACAUCUUUGUUGCUUU